GUCCGCUCAGCCCGGUGGCUCCGCGCACCUACUGCCAUGGAGACACGGCCUCGUCUCGGGGCCACCUGUUUGCUGGGCUUCAGUUUCCUGCUCUUCGUCAUCUCUUCUGAUGGACAUAAUGGGCUUGGAAAGGGUUUUGGAGAUCAUAUUCAUUGGAGGACACUGGAAGAUGGGAAGAAAGAAGCAGCUGCCAGUGGACUGCCCCUGAUGGUGAUUAUUCAUAAAUCAUGGUGUGGAGCUUGCAAAGCGCUAAAGCCCAAAUUUGCAGAAUCUACAGAAAUUUCAGAACUCUCCCAUAAUUUUGUUAUGGUAAAUCUUGAGGAUGAAGAGGAACCCAAAGAUGAAGAUUUCAGCCCUGAUGGAGGUUAUAUUCCACGUAUCCUUUUCCUGGAUCCCAGUGGCAAGGUGCAUCCUGAAAUCAUCAAUGAGAAUGGAAACCCCAGCUACAAGUAUUUCUACGUCAGUGCUGAGCAAGUUGUUCAGGGGAUGAAGGAAGCUCAGGAAAGGCUGACGGGUGAUGCCUUCAGAGAAAAACAUCUUGAAGACGAGUUGUAACAUGAAUGUACCCCUUCUUUCAUUAGAGUUAAUGUUCUGUAAGGAAAGCAGCAAGGGAGGGAAUAUUGAGGAAUCAUCCAGAACAAUUAAGCUGACCAGGAAACCUCAUUCCUACCUACACUGGAAGGAGCUCUCUCACUGUGGAAGAGAUCUGCUAACAGAAGCUGGUCUGCAUGUUUGUAGAUCCAGCAGAGUGGCAGACUUUCUUCUCCUUCUCUCUCUCACGUAAACGUCAAUUUGUCAUUGAAUAUAAAGAAUAAAAUCUUCUGACACAAAACUUAAGCCACUUGGAGGUUUACUCUUUGCACUUUAGUAUUUGAGUCUUUUCCCAUUUCCUCCCACUUUACUCACCUUAGUGGUGAAAGGAGACUAGUAGCAUCUUUUCUACAACGUUAAAAUUGCAGAAAUAGCUUAUCAUUAAAAAAACAACAACAAUAUCAGUAACUCUGCUCCUACCAAGGAUAUUAGCCUGUUUUUUUCCCUUUUUUCUCCUGGGAAUAAUUGGGGGCUUCUUCCCAAAUUUCUACAACCCCUUUCCUCUUCUCAUGCUUGGGUUUCCCUGUUUGCACGCAUGCGUGUGCAGGACUGGUUGUGUGCUUUAACUAGGCUCUGGGUGGAAGCAUGCUUUCCCUCGUUACUGUUGGAGAAACUCAAACCUUCAAGCUGUAGGUAUAGCCAUUUUGUCAAGUCAUCAACUGUAUUUUUGUACUGGCAUUAACAAAAAAAGAGAUAAAUUAUUGUUCCAUAAAACUUUAAUAAAACUUUAAAAGGAAA